GAUGGCAGUACAAACGCCUUUACACAGAUUAGCGGAACGAAUGAGCGAAGUGCAUGCCCGUAUCGAAUUGGACGAGACGAGCGAGAAACGUCUAAUCGGAAUGAAUGAGACGCAAAUUGAGUUGGAUGUCGAAGUUGGUUCUAGAACUAUGAACGUUUCGACGCCUCUGGAGAGACGUCUCUAUUUCGCCGCUCUUGCCGUCGUACCUUUGUGGAUUUUGGCGGGAAAUUUUCUAGUUCUACUUACAGUGCUUUUUACUAGACGUCUACGCACUUUACCGAAUUUAGUUAUCGCGUCGUUGGCCGUUACAGAUUUCCUACUCGCACUAAUCGUCGUUCCCUUGGGCGUCUAUCAGUUGGUUCUAGGAACUUGGAAAAUAGGCCUAGGAUUUUGCUUGCUCUGGACCGGUUCCGACGUCUUCCUUUCAACUACUUCCAUCCUUCAUCUGGCUGCAAUAGCAAUUCAUCGUCAUUUAGCCAUUGCUCAUCCUCUCCUAGUUCGUCAUACGCAAACGAAGAAGCACGUCGUCGUUCUUCUUGUACCCGUCUGGAUUCUCGGAGCGGCAAUUUCUCUUCCAUUACUAGUCCGUGGAGCGUUUCACGAGAGUUUAGUAAUAGUCGAUAACCGAUGCGGAAUAUUCGAUAGGACGUUUGUUGUUUAUUCAUCGGCUGUUUCUUUUUUCAUACCUUUAUUAGUGAUGAUAAUUGUAGAUGUAAGAAGCGUUUACCUUUUAAGGGUAGCAGCCAAGAGAACUUUAUACGACAGACCACCAUUUUCCAUCCAAUCAAUCAUACAGGAAGACAACCGGUUCCUGGAGGAAAACACUUCAGCUAAAUGGAACUCAAAAGAAAGAAGAGCUGAAAAUACUUUAAUUUGGGUAUUUGGGUGUUUUGUGUGUUUAUGGAUGCCAUUUUUUACGACAAAUUUAGUUUACGGAUUAUGUUCUUCUUGCCAAAUUCCGCCCAGACUGGUAACAGUUUUCACAUGGUUAGGUUAUGCUAGUUCCGGGGUCAAUCCUUGUAUCUAUACAUUACUAAAUAGAGAUUUUCGAAGAGCUGUCAUCAGCCUCUUACGAUGCGGUAGAGGCGUCGAACGACGGGUACAUUUAGCGCGGCGAUAUAUUCGUCCGGCGGGACCGGAAAUGGGCACUAGUUCUUCGAGGCUAUGA